AUGAGCGAUUCGCCCGCUGGAUCUAACCCAAGGACACCCGAAAGCAGCGGCAGCGGCAGCGGCGGCGGCGGGAAGAGGCCGGCGGUGCCGGCGGCGGUGUCCCUCUUGCCCCCGGCGGACCCCCUGCGCCAAGCGAACCGGCUCCCGAUCAGGGUCCUGAAGAUGCUGAGCGCUCACACCGGCCACCUCCUGCACCCGGAGUACCUGCAGCCGCUGUCUUCCACCCCCGUCAGCCCCAUUGAGCUGGACGCCAAGAAGAGCCCGCUGGCGCUGCUGGCCCAGACCUGCUCGCAGAUCGGCAAGCCGGACCCGCCGCCCUCGUCCAAGCUCAACGCGGUGGCGGCGGCGGCCAACGGGCUGGGGGCGGAGAAGGACCCCGGCCGCUCCGCCCCGGGCGCCGCCGCCGCCUCGGCGUCCGCGGUGCUCAAGCAGCUGGGGGACUCCCCCGCGGAGGACAAGUCCAGCUUCAAGCCCUACUCCAAGGGCUCCUCCGGCGGCGACUCCCGCAAAGACGGCGGCUCCUCCUCCGUGUCCUCCACCUCCUCCUCCUCGUCGUCCUCCUCGCUGUCCCCGGGAGACAAGGCGGGCUUCAGGGUGCCCGGCGCCGCCUGCACGCCCUUCCCCCCGCACGGAGCGCCCGUCUCCGCGUCUUCGUCUUCCUCGUCGCCCGGCGGCUCCCGGGGCGGCUCCCCGCACCACUCCGACUGCAAGAACGGCAAUGGCGGCAGCAGCGGGGAGCUGGACAGGAAAGACCUGGAGCCCAAACCCAGCCCGGAGGCCGUGACCGUGAGCCGCGGGAGCGGCGGGGAGCCGGGCGGUGGCGGUGCCGCCGACGGAGGGGCCUCUGGGCGCAAGUCGGAGCCGCCAUCGGCGGCGCUGGUCGGGGCCGGCCACGUGGCCCCGGUGUCGCCCUACAAACCCGGCCACUCGGUGUUCCCGCUGCCGCCGUCCAGCAUCGGUUACCACGGCUCCAUCGUGGGCGCCUACGCCGGCUACCCGUCCCAGUUCGUGCCUGGCCUGGAUCCCAGCAAGUCGGGCCUCGUGGGAGGCCAGCUGUCGGGGAGCCUGGGCCUGCCGCCGGGCAAGCCCCCCAGCUCGAGCCCGCUCACCGGGGCGUCCCCGCCCUCCUUCCUGCAGGGAUUAUGCCGCGACCCCUACUGCCUGGGCGGCUACCACAGCGCCUCGCACCUCAGCGGCGGCGGGGGCUCCAGCUGCUCCACCUGCAGCGCGCACGACCCAUCGGGGCCCGGCCUGAAGGCGGGCGGCUACCCGCUGGUAUACCCCGGGCACCCGCUGCAGCCCGCCGCGCUCUCGUCCAGCGCCGCCGCCGCCCAGGCCGCGCUGCCGGGCCACCCCCUCUACACCUACGGCUUCAUGCUGCAGAACGAGCCGCUGCCGCACAGCUGCAACUGGGUGGCGGCCAGCGGGCCGUGCGACAAGCGCUUCGCCACCUCGGAGGAGCUGCUGAGCCACCUGCGGACUCACACGGCCCUGCCCGGCGCCGAGAAACUUCUGGCCGCCGCCGCCUACCCCGGGGCCUCGGGCCUGGGCAGCGCCGCCGCCGCUGCAGCCGCUGCGGCCGCCGCCGCCUCCUGCCACCUGCACCUCCCCCCGCCCUCCGCCCCCGGCAGCCCCGGGUCGCUGUCCCUGCGGAGUCCACACACUUUGGGGCUAAGCCGGUACCACCCCUACGGCAAGAGCCACUUGUCCACAGCCGGGGGGCUGGCCAUGCCGUCCCUUCCCACAGCCGGACCCUACUACUCGCCAUACGCGCUGUACGGACAGAGACUAGCCUCCGCCUCGGCGCUCGGAUACCAGUAA